AUGCAUUUCUUUGUUGCUCUUGCACUUGCUGUCAGUGUUAUUGCUGCACCACCCCCAAUCAUCCAAGACCUUAAUGCGGGCCUGCAGCCUGUUGAAUCAGUUGCGGAUACGCAAGAUCCUGUUCCUCGUGCUGAUGAUAACAAAUUCCAGAGCUGUUAUAUUCUUGUCAAGAAUGCCAACGAUGGAAACGAACUGGGUUACUUUGGUCGGAGGUGGAAAUCCGGCGGGUGGUAUGGCCUCGAGGAAAAGACUUUGACUUUUACGGGUGAAUACGAUUCGCCUCUUCAAGUGAGAUUUUCAUACUUGAAGUCGAAUAAGCAUCCCUCUCGACUUGAUUUCCGCUCCAUGAACGGGGGUGAUUGGUUUGGUACCCAAGCAACCAAACAAUCUGAAGAAAAUGUUAGAAAAUAUCCCUAUGUAGGAGCUGCUUUGCUCAAGACUGUGAAUGAGGACAUUGGUCUUAGCCCUGAAGAAUUUGGGCAAGUGCAUUGA